GGACCCGCGGGGUGGUGUGGGCCGGCGGCGCGGCCGUUGAGGGUGGCGGUUGCUGGGGCGGGCUGUGUGCCGGAAGCACCGGCGGCGGCGGUGGCUGCGGCGGCGGAUGGAGGCUGAGCCGGAGCGAGCGGAGGCGCCACGGCGGGGGCUUAUUGCCGGGGUACUAGAGAUGGGUCGUCGGGCCCGGCAGGAGUUUUUUCCAGAUGAAAAUCCGAUCAGGAAGAGUUCCCAGUCUGCUUCUCUUGGAGAGGAUGAAGACUCCGAAGAAAAGGUUGACCAUGGUCCACCACCUAAACCCCCACGCCGGCAAGGAGGCUGGGCAGAUGAUGCUGUAAUGGCAACUACCAAGUCAGGAAGAAAACAUUCAGAAGAAGUAGAAGACCAUCGUCUCAGACAGCAGAGCCUGGAGGCAUCAGAUGAUGGAGGAGACAUUCCUGUGAUCCCUGACUUGGAGGAAGUCCAGGAGGAAGAUCUGGCCAUGCAAGUGGCAGCUCCCCCCAGUGUGCAGGUGAACCGAGUGCUGACCUACCAUGACCUGGACAAAGAUCUAAUGAAGUAUGCUGCCUUUCAAACUUUGGAUGGAGAGGUUGACCUGAAGCUUCUGACCAAAGUUUUGGCUCCAGAGCAUGAACUGCGAGAGGAUGUCAGCUGGGAUUGGGACCAUCUCUUCACAGAGGUGUCCUCAGAACUACUGACAGAGUGGGAUCUGGGACAGUCUGAGAGAGAAGACCACAGCAGUCUGCCCUAGAGUGCUGGCACACCAGACAACUCAUACCUGUAUCUCCUGUAAAUAGUUUAGCACUUUAAUUUUCUAUUCACUUGUUUGUAUUUGAGAAUUUAUUUGAGACAUGAAAAUAAAUAGGACUUUUUUAUAGGAAAGGUUGGGAGAAGUUUUGGGCAUUUUGUAAUAAUAAUCUUUGUUCUCAAAAGAGAUGAAGAAUUCUAAAUACAAUAAAAUAUUUACUUUGGAACAGUCA